UUCAUGCCGGGCAAGAUGGCGGCGAUACGGACGAUGUGUUAUUGCCAGUGGACGUAAACAGGCAUUUUAAUCUAAAUACAACCCCUAGUCGGAUACAUUUAUCAACUUCACCGUGUUGUGUGGGUGUUUACCCCGCAACCAGUGCCGGCGUCUUUUUUUUUAUUUCACGCGUUUCCACGUUUCUUUCUUACAACAUGUUCACGUUGUAGCUCGCUCGCUGAACGACCGGCUGGCUAACAGAGAGCAGUAGCUAGCUAGCUAACCACAGCCAAGCCGUGAAGUGGAGAAUGGGAGAAAAGCUGGAGCUAAAGCUCAAAUCGCCGGUUGGAGCCGAACCUGCUGGAUAUCCGUGGCCAUUACCAGUAUACGAUAAACACCAUGAUGCUGCUAAUGAAAUCAUCGAAACCAUUCGGUGGGUGUGUGAGGAGAUCCCAGACCUCAAACUCGCCAUGGAAAACUACGUACUCAUUGACUACGACACAAAAUGCUUCGAGAGUAUGCAGAGACUUUGUGACAAGUACAACAGGGCCAUCGACAGCUUCCACCAGCUGUGGAAAGGGACGACCCAGUCCAUGAAGCUGAACAAGCGACCUUCCAACGGGCUGCUGAGACACAUCCUGCAGCAGGUGUACAACCACUCAGUGACCGACCCCGAGAAGCUCAACAACUACGAGCCCUUCUCCCCCGAGGUGUACGGAGAGACCUCCUUCGACCUGGUGGCUCAGAUCAUCGACGAGAUGGAAAUUAUGGAAGACGACACCUUUGUUGACCUCGGCAGUGGAGUGGGGCAGGUAGUGCUCCAAGUUGCAGCAGCAACCAACUGUAAACACUACUUCGGUGUAGAGAAAGCAGACAUUCCAGCUACCUAUGCAGAGAGUAUGGAUAACGAGUUUAAGAAGUGGAUGAGAUGGUAUGGAAAGAAACAUGGGGAGUACACACUGGAGAGAGGGGACUUUCUCUCUGAAGAAUGGAAGGAAAGAAUUGCCACCACAAGUAUUAUUUUUGUGAAUAACUUUGCCUUUGGUCCAGAGGUAGAUCACCAGCUGAAGGAGCGUUUUGCUAACAUGAAGGAAGGUGGAAAAAUUGUAUCUUCCAAACCUUUUGCACCUUUAAAUUUCAGAAUAAACAGUCGAAACUUGAGCGAUAUUGGUACGAUAAUGCGCGUGGUGGAGCUCUCUCCAUUGAGGGGCUCUGUGUCCUGGACUGGGAAGCCAGUUUCCUACUACCUACAUACCAUAGACCGCACUAUACUUGAAAACUAUUUUGCUAGUCUGAAAAAUCCUAAACUCAGGGAAGAGCAGGAAGCAGCUAGGCGACGUCAGCAGAAGGACACGAAGGACAGUAAAAGCAAUAGCACCACGCCUACAAAACCUAAAGAACAAAACAAGCAGGACUCCUGCGGUGAGGACGAGCGUCCUCGCUUGGUGACCAUGGUCAAGCCCCCUGCCAAACCCCGAAGAGCCCGACUCCUGCCCAAAGUUCGCAAGUUGAACAACAAGAAACGUGGUCGACCCAAGAAGGCCACCCCGGCUGUGGAGAACAAAAACAAAAAGAACCAGAGUGCGCUGGAUCUGCUGCACGCCAAGACCCUCUCUGCAGCCCCCCCUCAGGAGGCUUACCGGCCCCCUCAGAGUCCGUUCUACCAGCUACCUCCCAAGGUCCAGCACUAUCCCUCCUCUCAACUGAUCCUGAGCCCCACUCCUCCCGGGCUGCAGCACCUGCUCGAUAACAUCAAAGUACAAUACCUCCAGUUUAUGACCCACAUGAAGACUCCUCAGUACCGCUCCAACCUGCAGGAGCUUUUAGAAGAGGAGAAGCAAAAGCACAGGGACCUGUCAGGGCAGGCGGAGCAGCUCCACUCUGUUUGUCAGACUCACAAGGACAAGAUCAAAGGUCUCUUUCAGACCAAACUAGACGAGCUGGGGGUGAAAGCCCUGACUGUGGAGGACCUGCUGCAAGCCCAGAAGGAGAUCUCAGCCCACAACCGUCAGCUGAAAGAGCAGACUAAGCAGCUGGAGAGAGACAUGGCCUUACUGAGAGACCAUAGCCUGCUUCUGCUGAAGUCUCGAUGUGAGGAGCUGAAGCUGGACUGGGGCUCUUUGUGUCUGGAGAAUUUGUUGAAGGAGAAGCAGGUGCUACGCAGACAAAUCUCUGAAAAGCAGAGACACUGCUUGGAGCUGCAGAUCAGCAUAGUGGAGCUGGAGAAAACUCAAAGGCAGCAGGAGUUGCUUCAGCUCAAAUCCUACAGCCCCUGUCACGGCUCCCCAUACAGAAAGAACCUGGAUUCCCGCUCUUCCAUGGACAUGGACCCCUCUAAGCACGGCCUGUGCUCGAUCCCGGCUUUUAACGGCGUCAGCAUGGAGAUCAACGGCACCAGCUUGCCCUGUUUUGACCGGACCAACACCAAGGGGGAACUUCUGUCUCGCUAUCUGCCCAUCUCUCCAUACCAUGAGAUGGCACCCACCAUCUCUGAUGCCCGGCAGAGGCAGCUGAGUUCCUCCUACGCUCUUCCUGAUUACACACGCUUCUCCCCCGCCAAGAUUGCCUUGCGGAGGCACCUUAACCAGGACCCCAACGCUCACUUGAGAGGUCCAGGACUGAACAUGCACAGGGAAUUGGGAGGUGUUUACUCGCCGCUGGGAGCCAAACUGAACUGUCCUUCUCCCAAUCCUUGUGAUGCCCAGAAUAAAGGCUUCGAGAGGGGCAAAGAGAGGAGCCCAUCUGUUCAGGGUGACAGCGGCAUUAAAAGCCUUCCAAUCAGUAUUCCCCUGAGCACGGUCCACCCGAGUAAACUACCGGUCAGCAUUCCUCUGGCCAGCGUGGUGCUGCCCAGUCGAGUUGAAAGACUGAGGAGUACUCCGAGUCCUGUAUCUCAGUCGGGUCAAACCAACGGAUAUUUAUCGGGCUCCGGGCUGAUGAAUGGCGGUCCCCACCCUGAGGACCAUAAUGGUGCUUCUUCAUCACCUUCGCAUCCCAACGCUCCCUUGACAGGACCAAUGGGACGGGGUGGUCCCAUCCAGAGCCCUCCACUGGGGACUGGGGGGGUGCUCCAGUAUGCAGACGGACCCCCUCGGAUUCUUCCGGAAGAUGGACAGGAUCGCCACGGAGGUGAAUCCGACACGGAGCCACAGGACACUGAACUGCGGAGGAGAAUCUUCUUUUCUUCUUCCUCCUCUUCAUCCUCGUCUUCCUCUUCGUCGGGCAGCAGCGCGGCCGGAGGAUUACGCCUCCACCAUCACACUGGCAACAAGCAGGGAUACCACAGUAACCAUGGAAACCACCACCACCAUCACCACCACCACCAGUCCCCCGGCACACAGCACACACACACACCCACACACACAUCGUCGUCACACUCCUCUCACGGCCUCGGCGCUCAGGAGGGCCGUAAGAGGGGGAGACGGAAACGCAACUCUACCGCGUCAGUCACGGCGGGGGGGUCCCCGAAGAGGAGGUCCUUCCCCGGGCUCGCCUCCAACCGCUCCUCAGGGUCUCCUCUCAACAUUAACUCCAUGGUGAACAACAUCAACCAGCCCCUGGAGAUCUCUGCCAUCUCCUCUCCAGAGCAGUCCAGCCGCAGCCCCACUGGGCCUGACAUGGACCAGCCCCCCGUCCUGAAGAGAGAGUGCCCCCUGGAGCUCAAAGGGGCCGGCCGGUACUCCUCGGCCCCCAGCUCUGACGACGACGACGACUCAGGAUACCCUGCCGACAGCUCCAGUUCACGAAUUGAAAGAAAAAUUGCCACUAUAUCUUUGGAGAGCAGAGAUGGACCUGGUAGAAUAGGGGACGGUGAAAGAGUCAGGAAGUCUGGUAGCAGCAGCGGUAACAGCACAGGAAGUGACGCCUCCUCUUCCUCCUCCUUGUCCUCCAACAGCAAGUGGAAAGCCACCUUCUCGCCCAUUUCUGACCCCAAGCAGCCUCACUCGGACCUGAGGCAGGGGGGCUCCCCCUUCGGCAUGGGGGGGUCUGGCCGGGGCACGGACUCAGAUUCAGACCACAAACAACAGCAUCAUCAUCAGCAGGGGAGGAAAGGAGGUGAAGGAGAGUCGUCCAGCUACAUCAAUCCCAACCCCUUCCUCAGUCAGGAGGCAGGGCCCCGGGGUGGAGGCAGCGGCGGUGGGGGAGGGUCCCAGGGAGGAGGGGGAUCGGACCAACGCCAGACCCUCCAGAAACAGAAGGGCCCUCGAGACCGGGAGAUGAAGACGAGCAGCAGCAUGGCCAGUCAGAACCUCUUCAUAUCUGCUGCUGCCAGCAGUGGUGGAGGCAUCCUGAGUGGGAAGGUGGGGGGCGGUCCCGUAGCCAUUUCCUCCACCACAGGACCCUCUGUGGGCCAGUACCUGGGGUCUCAGUUCCCACUCGGAGGGGCCUCAGUCCUGCAGUCCUUGUUCGGGGCCCAAACGGGCGGAUCCACGGUGAGUGGGACACCGAGGCUCGUCAACGGAAACUCCGUCCUGGGAAGCUUCUCCAGUGCUGGGCUGGCAGGUGGAGCGGCUGGAGGUAUAUUUCACCAUGUGGGGCCCACAGUGUCCUCCCAUCAGUUUGGGGUGAGGCUGCCUUCCUCUGGAGGCCUCGGCUCUCUGCUCAGUCUCUCUUCCUCCCCCUCCUCCCAAAUCCAGCAUCACACCACCCCCCAACAGGCCUCCACCCGCCUGGUGUUGUCCCCUCUCCCCCUCUCCCUGUCCCAUCACAUUCGCACCCAGUCGGUCCUGCACAGCGCCUCUCCCCCCACCCUCACCCUGCCUACCCCUCCUCCCCUGCACAGCACCUCCUCAACAGCCGCCCACUCUGACGCCUCGCCUUCAUCUCGAUCCGACUCCUCCCGUCUGUCCCACCACCAGAGAGCCUCCAUCUCCUCCUCCCCCUCUGUCUCAGUCGCAGCUGCUUCCUCCCUCUCCUCUUCCUCCCUCUCCUCCUCUCGUCCAUUCGCAGUGCACUACCCCCCCCGGCUGCCUCCUCCACCUCAGGCCAGCAGCUCAGGUGGAGGCGGGGGCAUGUGGAGGACUCAGGGCACGCAUGGCACCCACACCACCUCCCAGCCUCCUGGCUCCAGACCUAGAUAGGGUUUGGGGAAGGGGGGAGGAUGGAGAGGGUGGAGAGGGUAAGAGCAAAGGGCAAUCAGAGGAGGAGAGAAAGUGAGACUGAUAGGGAGUGAGAGAGACAGGAUACCUGUUCUAAAGCUGCCUUACGCUGUUCUGAUUGAACAAGGUAAUUGUUGAAUACUACCUCAAAAUGAAAUAAACUAUGCAAAUGUCAGAGGUGUGGACCGAGACACUCUCCUCAUCACUGGUGCUUCAAAACGUCUGCACUACCCAACCGCCUCCAAGACCGGCUUCUGUACUGGGAUCUCACACACACACACACACACACUAACCACCGCUAUGGUCACCUUGAGCAGAAUCGAUACUGAUCGUGUUUGUGUGAUUUUACAAUAUGGAAAUCAGUUCUAGCUGCUGCUCAGCACUGGGUGAACUGAGUCAUUAGGCUGUCUGAUUUUAAUCAAAGGUGCUUCAUAGUAUGACAGUGUCAGUUUUGUCUUGGUCACUUAUCAUAGCAACUAGCUAAAUAAUCUGUUUACUUAAGCUUUCUGAUCUGAAACUGAUCUGUUCCCUCCAAAGUGUCACUUCCUCUGAGUGCACUCACACACAGACAGACACACACAGACCAGUUAAUUGAACUCUGCUCAGAUGUCACGCUCAGAUGUCACGCUCUCUUAUCUCUGUUUUCUUCCUUGGGUGAAAUUGUGUACACAUACACAAACAUAUUUGAUAAUGAAUUUAAGUUAGGAACUUAGUAUUUUGGUCUAACUUCACACUGGAUGGUAAGAUAAAGUUACUCAUGUAGCAGAAGAUGUGCUAGUCCAGCCUGGUUUGUUGACACCCCUUAAACUCUGAUGUUGUUCAUGAUUUACAACAUUUGUACAUUUUCUAAAAAUAUUAUGUACUGUUCAGUCUCUGUUUAAAAGCAAAGAAACACAGACCUAAUAUGCUAUUUCUUUGUUAUUAACUUGAGAAAAUCCAAUUAAAUAAUUCUCAGGUGUGAUUAUCUUCAAUAUCAGAUAUUUAACAAAUCAGUGAAAGUCAUUUUUUUAUUAAAUUACUGUUGUGACAGUAAUCAAGCAUAUUAAGCUCAAUGAAUGUCAAAUAUGGACAUAUGAACAUCCAUUCAUGUUUUGAAAUCUGAAAGAACUUAAAAUUUCAGCCUAGAUUUGGAAAUAUUGUGAACUAGCAACUCUUUAUUGGGUGGAAAUAACGCUGAGCUGAGUACAUUUUCAUUAUUCUUUUAAAGACCCCAUGAUAUUCGAUUGAUAAAAUGGUGCUAUCUUGACAUUUUUAGCCACUUUCUGUAUUUAUUAACAUUUAUUCUCCUUAGUCAAUUUGGUAAGUUACACUACUUUGAGGGAACACGGCUUAAAAAAGCAGAAAUGUUUGAACUCUUCUUAAGCUAAUCAUAUUCAUAUUUAUCUCUGCUGUUGGGAAACGCAGGUUUAAGUGAUUGUUUCGGGCAUAAAAUGUGGACGCAUGUUUUGUUUAACAAUACUGCAUAUAGUUGAUGCAAACACACGUACACACUCGUGCAUGCAAAUCCUCACACACUGAUAAAACCAUAACCACAACAAACUACUGGACUCUCUUCACACCUUUUUGUUUGCUUUUUUUUUAUUGUGUAAUUAGUUUUUUUGUAUAAAAAGAUUUGUACUGUGAAUGUGAUUCAUUCUCCGACUGUAUAGUUGUGUAUAAUUUAGAUUAUUAUAUUUAUGCUGUCGGCCUCUCCAUUUGCCUUGGUAUUUGUUUUAUUCUUCUUCUUUUUGUUUUAUCCUGAAAUGUGUUGGCAUUUUAGAAUACAAUGGUGCUUGACUCACAGUCUGAAAACAAUGGUGCUACAUUUGGACUGUAUCUGGUGUAUCUUAUUUAUUCUGUGGUGAAAACAUCAAAAACAAAUCGAAUACUUGGUGCUGUACACAGGGACACUUUUUAAGCCUUUUUCUGGCACUUUCUUUCUGAUAUUUAAUGUCUGGCUCUUGGAAUUCCUAAUAAAUCCUAGACCCCAAUCCGACAGAACGACUCCAGCAGCUGCUCAGAGUGAACCGGUGUGAGGACGUUUCUCACGCCACAGUUUCAAACAUAAAUCAGCCUCAGAGCGAGCUGCAUAUCUGUUAGUGAACAUACUCACUGUUUCUGUGCAUAACAUUGGUUUUCCUUAUCAUGAACAGAAAGAUAUACAAAAUAUGUAUCGAUAUACACAGUCUAAAAAAAAAAAGUAUAUAUAUGUAAAUAUAUAUAUAUAUAUAUAUAUAUAUGAGUGAAAAGGGUUGUUUUGGCAUUGUGACCUUAAACUCAGCCUGUUAAACAGGAGGCUUGAAGCCAAUGAGAGAGGAGCUUUGACAUCACUGGACCUUGUGAUAGAAAUAGAAAGUGAAAAGCUGUGCGUAUGUAACGCAGACAAACAGGUGCUGUGGCUUAAACACGACUAGAUUUCACUUUUAUCAGAUGUUUUCACCUCUUUGGUAUAUUUUUAUUUUUACCAAUGCAAUUUCUGCAGGAAAAAACGGUGCUUCUGUUUCCAAACAAUCGCAAUUCUGUUCUGAAAAACUUCACUGGUGCAUACAAAUCCUCAUGUCCACGUCUUACACAAACUGUCCGUCGCUAGAUAUCGCACUACACAAGGCCCUACCUUGUGAUGUGAGCAUAUUGUUUCAAUGGAAAGAUGUAAAUCUCUUGUUAGGAUGUAUGUGUAACACUUUGUUGGGAGUGAGAGCAUCCAAGCUUCCCUUUUCUCUGAUAGUGGGAAAACACUUAGCUCAGUUUGUGUGUGCUUGUUGUCCCCACUCUCCGGUGCAUAUCUAAGGGAAGAUUAGAUUAAUAAUCAAAGCUUUAUUGUCCGCCUGUCCUGUGCACUCAAUGUGUUUCUCACUUGCGACUGUUUUAAAUAUAAAAGAAGAAAAAAUCAUUUUAGUGCAACAUUUAGAGACUAGUCCGUUUGUUACCAGCACUGAGGUAUUUUGUAAUUAUUGUUGAUGCUGUUUUGAUUUUCUUAUUCUUGGUGUUUGAUACAAUUGCAGUCACAUGUUAUGCUUUUAAUGGGGUCUUCAGAUUCCUACCAGUUUGUAAUACUACUAUUCAGACCGACAGCACGGUGCUCUCCUUCACUUAAAACAAGGACAUUGCAGCUAUUGAUAAAUACUACUCUCCUCCUGUUGUGCUGCAGGGUUUUAUGGUUUAAUAAUCUUCAACACGAGUUUACCAGAAAUGUUCUCGAAUCUGGAGUGUCGGCGUGAUGUAUGUGGAAGUGAGAACAGUUUAUGGAGACGGCAACAAAUGUACAAUCAUUACAGAUUUCAACCAGUUUUAUAGCUGCUUAUAUAAUCAGUCAAAGGGAUGAGGUGCUGUUAUUCAAGUCCUUUGGUGUAUGAGCAUGGUUUAAAUAAAAGCCUCUAUGCAGUUCUCCCGCAUGCGCCACCCUGAUACAUUAUUAAUAAUCUGUGAGAGCUCUGCAGUGGAGGCUGUUUACUCUAAAUCCUACCAAAGGUCGUAACUCAGGAACUUCCCACAUGGCUUGAAAUUAUGUAAACAAUUCUCUUAAAACUACUGCAUGUCAUAAACGUAUGCUCCAUCUCGUGGCAUGAUUGAGUCCUAUUUGUAACCAAACUCAGGACCAGGACAAUGCCUGAGUAAGCGAGGUACAAUUCAAACCUCAGAUGUAUUCUCGCUGUCACAUACAUCCAGCGCCUCCGGUUGAAUCCAGCUUUAUAAAGCUUUAGAAUCCAGAUGCUGUGAAAUGGCUUUCAACAUCUUCCUCAUCUCACAAAUGCCUUCGUCUAAAUUUGUCAAACAAAAGAGGUUCACGGUCCUUUUGUUGGGACUCUUCCCAUUGUUUGGUGGGCGGACAUGUGACAGGAUGUGUACAGCGAUGUCUGAUGGGUGCAGCCAGGGCAGGUUUGAGGUGCAAUAACGCAAACCUACUUCCCAAAAGGCCCUGCAUUUACAUGAGUUCUUACUGUUCGAUGUUGGUGCUUUUAUCCUAAGAUGUUAUUAUAAUGAAACAAAUGAAAAACAUGGUUCUUUUUUCUCCCCUGCGUUUUAUGAUUAUUAAUAAAAAUGUUUCUUCUAAUAUUUGAAUUCA